AUGGAGAAGAAGGGCAAACUUGGUUGGAAAAAGAAAGAAAUGACGGCAAGAGAAAUGGACCCAUCAAUCUUGCAUGUAUUCAAACCAACAGCAAUCCAAGAAAGCGCAGAGGUUGUCGAGGAAGGCACUUUCUUGCUACUUUCCAGCUCAGGGAAGCGGCUUAGUCAUCAACGCGUGAAACAGCUCCUGCAACAACCUUUCAACGACCACCCAGAUUAUCCAACCUUCAUGACAAUUAUCAGCCAGUCCGGGAAUCCAUCUCGGCCCCUGCUUCCACACCUCAUAUGCCGUGUCCCAAUGCUGGACCGUUCGACAAACUCUCGCAGCUUAGAGAUGCCGGGCGGGCACCAUAAACAUACCACGAAUGGCCGAGUCAGACUUCACCCGUCUUCCAUAAGGCUUCCACGCAUCGAUCUCCCUUCGCUCAGAGGCGCCUUGACCACCAUUCCCCAAGCUUCUUCGCCGUCACCCGCCGCCGACAUGGUUGACCGGGUGCAUCCUCUCACCCAGCCGCUGUGGACUGCUACCCCUCCCAAGACCGUUUCGUGCACCGUGCGUGCCAUUUCGGGUCCGAUGAGCCAGGGGUCCCGGGCUGCAAGUUUGAGACACGCGCGACGAGAUCAAGUGUGUCCAAGACUCCCAGAGUCUGCUGGAAGUGGAGGAAUGGACCUGCUGCGAAACGAACGGCGGCCGUCUGCCUCUCCGGUCGUUUUCGCUCCUUGCUGCUGCGGCCUGCACGCGCCUCACCUUCAACUGUUCUAUCUUGUACUAUGCGAUAAAAGUCCCCGUCCAUGGCACUCCAUCCGGACUCGCUCCAUUUACACGCACCCACUGGUCACGCCGUCGUCUUCGCAGCUUUUGCCGUCCUCGUCCUACGGUCACUCUUGUCUCGAUCUCCGAUCCGCGAGCUCAAUUCCAUUAGCAGUGCAAGGUGGAAAAGAGUCAUUAGCCUCUUGUCUCAACUCGACAGUAGCGCGCAUGCUGCUUGUCUGUUUCUUGAAUUUACCUUCAGGCUUCUGGAGCAAGGAUGCGACAUGCUUUGACAAACCGAGGGGGCGGGCUCCCGUGUCCGUUCCCAAAGCACGAGUAGGGCACGAUGGGACGCAGACGAACCUAGGCAGAGGCAAAGGCAAAGAAGAGGCAAAUGCAAGAGAGGGAGAAGCGAGGCCGGCCGAGGAUGGAAGCCGGCAUGGAAACGACGCCAGAAGCCUGAUAGAACAAAGAAAUCGCAAGGCCGGCCCGGCGGCAGGCCGUUUGAUUUCUGUCAAUUUUGAUUUUUCCUUUGGCUAUUCUCCUCUGGCCGAUCUAGCGACGCCCCUUUCGGAAGAAACCCAGACCAUUGAGCGGCUGCCCUGGAUUUGUGCCCAAGGGGGCUAA